AUGCAAAUCUCACAAGCUUCGAUCUUGAAAAGCCUCCAGGGUGUAGCCGAGGUAACCAAGUCUCCUCAAGAAGACAUUGGUCCCAUUGAACAGUUGUUCAAGUCACAGGGCAUCACAGCGAAAGAUGGCUUUCCAUUCGACAAGUGGCAGAGAAUCAUCCAAGAGACUCUCGAAGAGUCGGAUGAAACAAAGUUUCAUAUCGCCAGCCUAGCCCUCUCCGUCUCCUUUCUCCGCGAAACAUGCCGCCAGGAACAGCAAGCUUCCCCGCAAGACCUCGACCGAAUUUGGACCAUCGUCCACAAGGCACUCACAAGCAAGAACCUGUCACCCAGCCUGUUCACUGCGAACCGUAGCGCGCAAGGCCUUCUAGCCGUACCUCUCUGCAGCCUGCUCCGAGACGGUAAUAUCGACGAGCUCUUCCGUCUGCACGUAUGGAUGCCCAAUGACAAGCGCGCGAACCCGGACUUCGCAAUCCACUCUCACCAGCCGUUCGCUCAAAGCUGGAUCCUCGCCGGCAAGGGGGUCGACCAUGCCUACCAAGUCGACCCGGUCGACAACGUGGACAAGGCGACUCACGCCGGGUACGCGCUGGCCUGGAACGACGGCAAGGGGCAGAACGCGGAUUACAAGACGCACCAGUCCUAUUCGGUCGUUCAGAACACGGGGAAGCUGUUCAACGCGGCCGAGACGUCUACGGAGAAGCAUGUUAGGAACGAUACGUAUUCGAUCGCGGCGGCGGCGUUUCAUACUUCAGAGGUUGAACCGGGUCAGCUGCACGCUACGCUGUUCUUCUUCGACGCUCAUCGUGGGUUCGUAAAGGAUGCUGGAGUUCUUGGGCCGAGGGAUGGGGAGUCUUAUCAACAGUCCCGUGAUCCGGCGGGGAUCACGCCUGCUGAACUGGCUGAGGCUGUUGAAGCUGAGAGAGUUGAGGAAGCUAAGAGAGUUGAGGAGUUGUCGUGA